AUGGCACCUCGUACAUCUCAGUGGGCGAUCCCACUUGGUGCCGGUCUGGGUGUACCUAUUGCUCUCUACACUCUAUUCCUCUUCCUGGGCGCUUUUCCGUUCUUUCAAAGGCAAUUCCUCUACGCUCACAAGUUCAACACCCUCUUCUGGCACGACCCGAAUAAGCCAGAGUACUGGGGAUUCGCUAGGAAUCAAGUCACCCCCUUCUCAUUGACGACCGUUGACGGUGAAACGCUUUACGCAUGGCACGUCUUGCCCUUGUCAGCAUAUCUGAGAAACGAGGAAAAGCUACAGGCUCAGCCAGCGGGGUUCUCCAAUGACUUUACCAAGACCGAGUCUUUCCAUAUCCUCAGGAACGACCCGAAUGCUCGCCUUAUCAUCUCUUUCCACGGAAAUGCCGGACACAUAGCUCAGGCGAUCCGGCCUGACCACUUUCAUGCCCUGACAGACACGUCCGCCUACCAUGUGCUCUCCAUCGAUUACCGCGGCUUCGGGAAAUCGACGGGUUCACCCACAGAGGCUGGACUCAUUGAGGACGGUGCAACAGCUGUAGACUGGGCCAUGAACGUGGCGAAGGUCCCGCCCAGCCGCAUCGUCAUCGUGGGCCAGAGCUUGGGCACCGCCGUCACCAGUGCCGUUGCUGAACACUUCGCCAAGCAGGGCAUCGAGUUUGCGGGCAUCAUCUUGAUUUCCGGCUUUUCCAACUUGCCCACACUGCUCAGUCGCUACAUGGCGGCUGGGUUUAUCCCCGUGCUAUCGCCACUACGACCUUUCCCGCCUCUGUUACGCUUCUUUCAGAGCUUCAUCGUGGACAAGUGGAGAUCGGCUGAUCGACUGGCCCAAGUCGUCGGCUUGACACGCACUCGCCUACGUUUGACCUUGAUUCAUGCCAAGAAUGAUUUGGAAAUCCCCUGCACCGAAAGUGAUGCACUCUUUCGUUCGGCCGCUGUUCCCAUAAGCGGAACCGCGCUGGAUGACGACGCCUUCACCGCGUGGAAGCACGAUAGGACAAUAGUGAGAGAUGAUGGCACCUUCAUCGUUGUCGCAAAGGCUGAGCCAGAUAUUGUUAUCAGAGAGGAGCUUGUUCCUUACGGAGGUCAUAAUGAUGUGACGUGGUCGUCCCCUGUGGCUCUUGCCGUGAUGAGGUCUUUCGAUUCCGACUCGACCGAGGCUUCUUGA